UAACCUUAGGACCAUAUGUAUUUAUUGACAGGACCUGGUUGUUCUUCAUUCGGAAAUGGAGGGAUGGUUGAACUUGGACCAUUCCGUGUCAAUAAAGAUGGGAAAACCUUGUGGCUCAAUCAAUUUGCCUGGAACAAUGUGGCAAAUGUCCUGUUUUUAGAAUCACCAGCUGGUGUUGGAUUCUCUUAUUCUAAUACAUCAUCAGAUUAUACUACCGGAGACAAAAAGACUAGACAAGACAGUUUCAUCUUUCUAGUCAAUUGGAUGGAAAGAUUCCCAGAAUAUAAAAACCGCGAUUUUUACAUUGUUGGGGAGAGUUAUGCCGGUCACUAUGUACCUCAACUUGCUCAGCUAAUCUUAUCUCACAAGAAAACAGAACCCAACCUUGUCAUUAACUUGCAAGGAAUAGCUACUGGAAAUGCCCUCCUCGACGAUGAAACAUGGAAUAGUGGUUCAUACGACUUUUAUUGGACGCACGCACUAAUAUCAGAUGAAGUCCAUGAAGGAAUUGUCAAGAAUUGCAACUUCUCGACAGAAACGUCUACCUCAGAAGCUUGUGAUCAGUACACAAGCGAAGCAGAUUCAUGUCAAGCCAAUAUAUAUGAUUAUAACACAUACUCUCAACUCUGCAACUCCUCUGCCUAUACUUCCCUUCCUAUAGAUGGAUUCGAUCCAUGCUCACCUGAUUACGUAGACAAUUACCUAAACACAGCUGAAGUACAGAAGGCACUUAAUGUCAGAGAUAUACCCCAUUUUUGGGAAUCUUGCAGUGGUUACAUACACGGCUCUUGGCAAGACUCCCCAGAUACUGUUCUGCCAAUCUACAAAGAGCUCAUGCAAAGUGGUAUUCGGGUUUGGAUAUAUAGCGGAGACAUAGAUCAUAUUUUGCCUGUAACUACAAGUAGAUAUGGUAUCGACAAAAUCAAAACACCAGUGAAAACGGUAUGGUACCCGUGGUUCUUCCAAGGGGAGGUUGGUGGUUACGCAGUAGAGUACCAGAACUUGACCUUCGUGACAGUGCGUGGAGCAGGACAUUUUGUGCCAAGCUAUCAACCUGGCCGUGCAUUAACCAUGUUCUCAUCCUUCAUCAAUGGGACACUCCCUCCUGGUUUCGAUUAA